CUAUUUUGACCAAACCCGAGAUCUUUAAAAAAUAUUAUCCUCCAUUGAACGAUUUGUUAUCCGUAACGGAUAGCUAUUAUUGUUCGACGACUGGUUAUUUUUUGGAGUCCAACUCGUCAUUUUGUACGACAAUGACAGCGUUGGAGAAAAUAUCCGAGGAGGAAGUGUACGAGAAGUUGAAUGAUAGGUCCGAAUCUGAACUCGAGGAUGCGAAUGAACAAUUGCAAGACUCGCAACCGUCCACUGUGUCGUGCAUCUCGAAAAUGGAUUACACGCUACCGAAGUACCGCGACAACAUAAGUCCCGCGAUCGACAAACUCGUGCAAAUGAUGAGCAUGCCGAGCUUGAUAACAUCCGAGGAUUCGUCUAGCGACUCGCCGAUCAAUUCCAUUUCCUCGUACAAUUGCGCCGAUAACAAAAAUUUCGCAGUUCCUAUCACGGCUAAAGAACAUUUGGAUAUAUGCUUCUCGAGCCCGAAGCCAUUUGUCAGCACUUAUAAGGGAGACAGCGCGGAGAAUUGCGCGCAGUCGAAAGAGAUCGAUCCCUUGUUUUCCCAGAUUGCGCAGGAAUCUAUGUCGUCGAGACGGCAAGAAAUCGCUGAUUCGUAUCCGGAUCCCAAUUCCGAGGUAAAAGAGCUGUCACAAUGUAUAUAUAUUAUGAUAGUUUGAAAAA